AUGGAGGACAUUUUAAAGCGAGGUGAGGCUAAAGGUCGUCCAACAGGUCCAGCGAAUCUUGGUUUCUUUCAGUCUGAAUCAGGAAAACAAAACGCAGACAACGUAUUCGUUCUUGCCAUCCAUUACGAUUUCAAAGAUCAAUGUAAAAAAUUUCGAAACUGUGACGCGCGAGACGUGAAGAACCUGGAAGCGACCUUUGGAAAGAACCGGAACUGUAAUUUCCGCAGCCUUUAUAGACCGACACGGGAAAUUUUGCUCCAUCUUCUUGGCAACCAGGAAAAGCUCUUGCGUUAUUUCUCCUCAAGAGACAUUCCGUCGGUUUUCGUGCUCUUUUUCCUGUCUCACGGCAACGAAAAUGGAGUCAUCUACACUGAUUACUGGAGCGAGCAACUCAAUGAUUUUAUUUCAUUCACGACAGAAGACGUUUUCGACUCCCUGAAAAAACUGCCUGGAUUCGAGAAAAGCUUGAAACUUGUCAACUUUGGCCCGUGUAGGGGAAAUCUAGAUGACGCAAAAUUCGACCGAAAAAAGGAUUACAAGGACUACGAAAACAAAAACUCUUGCAGAAUCAAGUCGGCUCCUGAAAUGCCAAACACAGUCAUCGUUUAUUCGACAGUCGAGACAACCAUGGCUAACACAAGUGAACGCGGUUCCUGGUUUGUGACCAUCCUGUGCGAUGUUUUGAGCCAAAUAAGAGAGGACAAGCCUUUGUUGUUAUUCCUCACGUCAGUCCAGCACAAAAUGCACAAAGCGUCGCUCGCAAUGAUGGACUUGGCAACAAACCUUCCUCUUGGACAGACGUUAGAGGUCAAAAUGUUCCCUUUAGAAGAACAUUAA